ACCCCGAUUUAUAAAUAACCAAAAAAUAGAUUUCCUUUAAAUUGAAAGUGAAAAUAAAUAAAUGAGAUCGUCGCUUGAAAAUGUCCUGGUCGGCCGGCGGUGUUAGAAUGCCCCUGCCCGUGUAUGCAUGGCGGACAAGACAGUAAGCUUCAAUGCACAUUGCAAUCUGUGCGACUCCCACUUGGAGGCCAUCGCAAAAUGGCUGAGCUGCAACGGAGAGGUGUGGGGAGUGGGGCCCACGGCGGUGUUCGCGAGUGCUGCGGCCCUGUUUCUGUACAACGAGCUGGAAGCCACGGUCUUCAUAGCUGGAGACCACGCGCAUGUCUCGCUGCUGGAGAAGACGCUUAUUUCGACUAUGGUACUUGGCAUGCUGGCGCUGAUGAUCCACUUGUGGGUGUGCUCCAUGAGAUUUUUCCAAUAUUACUUGGACACGCUUAUUAGAGACAGUCCAAACAUGCUGCUGGAGAUGACGACAGCCGGUCUGCUGGGAGGCCAGACCGAGAUCGUGCCUCUGGGCCCUCUCACCCGCUUCCUCCGGCAGCAGCAGCCGCAGAUCCACAUCACGGUGUGCUGGUUCCUCUCGCUGUGCUACGCCGACUACGUCAGGAAGCACUACUGCCAGCGGUUCAACAUGCCUUACUUGGAGCAGUGGCAAACCGAACUGCACGAGCGCGCGGCGCGCGGCGUGCACCGCACAAUGGAGAAGGUGAACAGUUUCGUAGGCUCCGUCCAUCAACGGCUGCGUGGAUUCGCGCCACCCGCGCCGCCGACGACUGAGGCGCACACUGAGAGCUCGGCGCCCAAGAGAGCGGCGGCGGCGGUCGGGCGCGCCCCGAGCCACAUCUCUUGGAGGACCAGCGACCCGGCCCUCGCCAAGGACCGAGAGUUCAGCGUGCGACUCGUCAGUCAGUCGAGCGAAACAACUGCUGACGCAAUUGAGAAACUCCGAGCCUAUAUCACAGUAUGUCAUGCAACAAGAUGCACGUGUUGCGGUCCACAGGACUCCUGCCUCGGUGGUGCUGGCCUCGCCGCGCCGGCAGCGCAGCCUCGAGGACUUCCCCUGGCGGAAGAUGGCCGAGCUACCCUUUGA